AUGCGCGGUCGUGGUCUGGUCGAAGAGUUCAAAUGGCGCAAUGGAUCAAUCAGCAGUGCAUUAAACCGGCCUUCAAAAGAGGGAACACCAGAAUUGCUCCAUCUUAGCAUGGCCGGGUUACAUCAUAUCAAGUGCGACUCUGGUGCAAAGGAAGACCUCUCCUCAGCUUCAAACUCUGCAGAAAAGUGCAUUACUGAUACUACUAAAAACGGAUUAGCAAAUAAAUUUGGGGAGGAUAACUGGAGGUGCCUUACCACUUAUACGAUACUUUUAAGUGCACAAAAUUUAACCAUGUGCCUAGUGCCAGAUUCAGGAGUGCAGCCACUACUUGCUCUACCUGAUUUGAAGCUGGAUUCCACUCACCAGUCACAAGCGAUGGCUCAUCUGGAAACUUUAGCCAGCAUGCAGGGAUUAGAUAUUGCAAUUCUGGAUGCGACACGAUUGACCUCUCUUCAACGGCAGCUCCGGGGGGACAUAAUUGAUCUCAUGCGCCAAAGGAGAUCCGGAGAAGAGCUGGGAGAGAGGAAAAUAGUGUAUGACCAA